AUGCACAAAUCACUGCGGAACAAUUCUUGUAGCAUCUUCCUUGCCGUCAGGGGACUAUCUGACAACGGCUUUCUGACAACUCUUCUAAUUAUCUGGAUUUCAAGAGCAUUUCGGUUGCAGUUGGGAUCUACACAUGGCGCGUGUCGAAUUAUCAUAUUUCUAACGUACGUAUGUGGCUUCAUUUCCGUGUGGAUGGUUGUGUUUGUGACCGCAGAAAAUUACAUUCGAAUAUGCCGACCUUUCGUCGUCAAUCGCUUAUGCACACCGACAAAGGCUAAAAUAAUUGUGUCUGUUUUAGGACUAAUAGCUGUUUGUUUGUAUAAUUUUCCGUUCUGGGCGAUGACGCCUUCGACGUGUUUGGUUUAUUCAGGCCUCGUUUCAGGACUUGUUUACACAGACACCGCAUUAACACUAGCCAUACCAUUUGUGUGUUUAUUCUUGCUAAUGACGGCAAUAGUUUGUGAUCUUGUGAAAUCUUACAAACGUCGAAGACAUCUAAGAGCGCCCAACGCGAGAAAAAACCGGAAUCCAAUGGCGACAGUAACGAAAAUGUUGUUUGCUGUGACGCUCUCUUUCUUUAUAUUGAAUUUACCGUCACAUGUUAACAGAUUGCGACUGAUGAUUUUACCACUCAUUGGUAUUCAAUCUAGAAAUGAGUUUUCUUCCUUGGAUCAAGCGGUGGAACAAAUAACUCUGUCGAUAUACUACCUAUCCUUAGCAUUUAACAUAGUGUUGUAUUUCGCGUUCGGCAGCAGAUUCCGUUGUGUUUUUAUUGACGUCUUUUUCUCAAGAUGCAAGGAUAAAAUGCUGUGUCUGACUUCAAACAACAACGACAAGCAAUUGGCUGAGCAGUCUACUUCAGUCGUGUUAAAACAGCAAGGGUUUGAAGUUGUGCCGAUGCAAGAGUACAAAGACCAAUGUGACGUAAGAAACGAAUGUUAA